UCGGCCCUGUACUAUUUUGAAUUGGAAUUACACGGCAAGUGUACUCACUCUCGUAUAGUCGUGUGAAACAAAAAAAUAAGUCAAAGUUUGACUAAGAUAUACGAGUGUCAUUUCUUAAUUAGAUACCAUACAAUUAAUUAUAAUAACUCUCUCUUUCUUUCCCCUGUAACCCUUUCCCCUCUUUUUUUUACCUCUGUAAAUAAGCCAUGGCAGGCAAAUUGUCACCCACACGCCUCUCCAGCCAUUCUUUCUUCUCUUCCUUUCAUUUUCAUCCACAAUAAUCUUUUCUCAUGAAUCUCUGUUAUCUUACACCUAGUAUUUAGAACUUACUAGUUCAAUUUAAAUUCGUGCCGAACAAGCUUACUAGCAAAAAUUUCUUAUGAAGUCUAAAACAUGUGGAGAAGCUAGUAUAAUAGUUAUUUUUUUCAUUUCUUACAUUUAUGUGUUUUCACAUUUCAUUCGUUAACUAUUUGAUUGCUUCUCUAUAUUUUUUUUAAUUAUAGAAUGCAUUCAAUUGUCUUCACUAAUCAUUUUCUAAUUCUUUUGUUCUUAUUGGUCUCUCUCGAUGUACGACAGACCCUAAUGCACCAAUGUAUUACAAUGGAGUCUAUCAUUUAUUUUAUCAGUACAACCCAAAAGGAUCAGUAUGGGGCAACAUUAUUUGGGCCCAUUCAGUCUCCAAAGACUUGAUAAAUUGGAUCCAUUUAGAGCCUGCUAUUUAUCCAUCCAAAAAAUUUGACAAAUAUGGUGCAUGGUCCGGGUCAGCAACUAUUCUACCCGGUAACAAGCCCAUUAUUUUAUACACUGGAGUAGUAGAUGUCCACCGGGCCCAAGUCCAAAACUAUGCUGUCCCAGCCAACUUGUCUGAUCCAUAUCUUACUAAAUGGAUCAAGCCUGAUGACAACCCCUUGAUUGUUCCUGACAAUAGCAUCAACAAAACCGAAUUUCGUGACCCAACAACAGCCUGGAUGGGCCAAGAUGGGCUUUGGAGAAUUGUGAUAGGAAGUUUGAGAAAACAUAGGGGACUGGCCAUAUUAUACAAAAGUCGAGAUUUUAUGAGAUGGGUCAAGGCCAAACAUCCACUUCAUUCAUCAGCUAAUACUGGAAACUGGGAAUGUCCUGAUUUUUUUCCUGUAUCAUUGAAGAAUACUAAUGGUUUGGACACAUCGUAUCGCGACGAAAAUGUUAAAUAUGUCCUUAAAAAUAGCCUUGAUGUCACUAGGUUUGAUUACUACACCAUUGGCAUGUAUGAUAUCAAAAGAGAUAGGUACAUUCCGGAUAAAAAUUCUACCGAUGGUUGGAAGGGAUUGAGACUCGACUAUGGAAAUUUCUAUGCGUCUAAAUCAUUCUAUGACCCUAGCAAGAAUCGACGAGUCGUGUGGGGUUGGACUAAUGAGUCUGAUGUUUUACCAGAUGAUGAUAUCAGGAAAGGAUGGGCUGGAAUUCAAACUAUUCCACGCAAAGUAUGGCUUGAACCUAGUGGUAAACAAUUGGUCCAAUGGCCUGUCAAAGAAUUAGAGACCUUACGAAAGAAAAAAGUUCAGUUAAACAAGAAGAUGUUGCGCAAGGGAGAAAAGGUUGAAGUUAAAGGAAUCACACCAGCACAGGCUGAUGUUGAAGUGAUAUUCUCUUUUUCAAGCUUGGACAAGGUAGAGCAAUUUGAUCCUAAAUGGGCUGACCUUUAUGCCCAAGAUGUUUGCACCAUUAAGGGCUCGACAGUUCAAGGUGGGCUUGGGCCAUUUGGACUUGCAACAUUAGCUUCUAAAAACUUGGAAGAAUACACGCCUAUUUUCUUCAGAGUGUUCAAGGCCCAAAAAGAUUAUAAGGUUCUCAUGUGCUCAGAUGCUAAAAGGUCCACCAUUAGGCAUAAUGAAGCAAUGUACAAGCCCUCAUUUGCUGGAUAUGUGGAUGUAGAUUUAGUGGACAAGAAGCUAUCUCUUAGGAGUUUGAUUGAUAACUCUGUAGUGGAAAGUUUUGGCGCUGGUGGAAAAACAUGCAUAACAUCAAGGGUUUAUCCAACACUAGCUAUUCAUGAAAAUGCACAUUUAUUUGCCUUCAAUAAUGGCACAGAGACAAUCACAAUUGAAACUUUGAAUGCUUGGAGCAUGGGUACUCUUAGGAUGAACUAAAACAUUUUCAAGAAAAGAAUUAUGUCUACAAAUAUAUGUGUACUCAAUAUGUCCUAAGAAUCCUCCAUAAUUGUCUCUCAUUUAUUUUGGUGAAUGUAGAGAGCAUAGAGUAUGUAUAUGGACUUCUCUAUUACCAUGCUUAUGCAUGUAUACUAAGAAAUUUGUUUAACU